UGCAUGCCGGGACUUGCGGUCACGCCCCCAGUUUGGAGAAGGAAGGCGGAAGUACUGGACAGACAACAACGUAGGUUGCUUGCAGACAAGAAGACUGGCAUGUGGCAAAUCUGGUCUCAUAAAAGUGGUUCUUCCUGUUUUCCUUCUAAAGAUUAGGCAGAUAGGACCAGCCUAGAAGUAAAGAUGGCGAGAACUCUUGUAUUGGCAGUGUUAUCGGUAGUUCUAUCGGUCCAUUGUACGGAGUUUGAGGAAAUGGAGAAGAAGAUAUUUCAGGGUGACGACGGACAGUCAGUUGUGGUCCUGGACCAUGUCCUGUCAGAUGACGCCAUGUCUACAUUGUUCGAGUAUACCUCCUUCUUAACCCAGUGGGAGUACACACACGUCACAAGCUCACCAGAAAUGUUCAAGAAACCCCCUUUCAUAGCCCCGCUGUCGGGAGAGAUGGUCAAGAAGACUGUGUUAUGGGAGGCAAUCGCAGACACGAUGGAGAAAUUAACGGGGAAACGGGAAUACUAUCCUUACGACAUCCACGGGACAAUCCUGCGUAGAUACGACAGGCUACAGCCAACAGUUGACUGCGAGGAAGGGGACUUUGUGGCGAAAAUGUACCUCAACCAAUACGUCGGUAAAAACGACUACGGCCACUUGACGCUGUAUAAUGGAAAACAUGGAAAUCUUACGGAAACUUUGGCCGCUGUACACCCAAAACAUGGUCGUCUGGUGAUAUGGCCUUGUGCCGUGCCGGCUAUCGAACACCCUCCCUCCAUGGGAUACAAGCAACUGCUACAUGCCUUAACUCUGAAGAUGACAACCAGCAAGGAAAAGUUUGGGGAGUACCAGAAGAAGGUGGAAGGGUUCAAAUUGCUGAGUGAUGAAAAUGAGAAAGUUCCCUUUGCCCUGAGCCAAGGAGAAAAAUUACAGAAGGAAGUUGCAGACUUGGACUUGGAUAAGUUGCAGACAAAAAGGUUCUAUGACAGUGAGGGGCGAGUGAUUGCGGUGUAUGAUGGUGUGAUGGGAGAGACAGACCUGGAGGCCCUCCACUCCUAUCUAAACAGCAUGUUCCAGUAUCUUCGCUUCCAGCCACAUGACACAGGGCUGCUAGAAGACAAUGACAACGUCCAGUGGAUCACAAUGUUGAAUGUGGACAGUUUUGUGAAGAGUAGGGUGUGGAAUAUCGUCAGCCGAAUCGCCGAACACGUGAGCAACAAGACGGACUGGUGGCCGUACGAUGUGUCGAUGAACGUGAUUCGCAGCGCGGACUACACCAGGAUCCACGAGGACUGCGAACAACACGAAUACGAGUACACCUUCCUGUUGUACCUCAACAAGGACUGGGACUCAAACAAGUACGGAGAGACCGUGUUUUUGGAGCAAGUUGAAGACGACGUGUGGGGCGGCAACCUGGGACCGGGGAGUGAACAGUACGAGAUGGUCGGCGCAGUACGGCCACGCUAUGGCAGGAUCGUCAUUUUUAGGAACAUCAUUCCACAUUCCGCACGGCCUCCGACCGGCACGUUCGAUGGAGCCCGCUACACGUUCGCAGUGAAAGUGUCGCACACGCGCACGAGGGCCACCGCCAAGACCCUACGGGAGAGCAUGGAGAGUGUGGAGCUGGAUGAAGAAGGGCAGGAACUGGUGAACCAACUGAGGAUGCAGAAAUUUGACCGCCCAAGACGAGAUGUACCAGCUGACUUCCUGGACAGCAAAUUGCAGCAGACAUUGGAGCAAAGUAAAAACUUCAUGCAGGAAGGCAGAGAAAGGGCAGAAGACAUUCUGAUGAAUAAAGUCUAGGUCUGACUCUGUAACUGGAUUUGAAAAAUCAUUUAGGCCAUACAAAUUUUAUUUGUUGGUUCUCGGAUUUCAGAAAAAAACAUGAAGCGACAGGGCGAAAAAAAUAAAAA